AUGGUUCGAACUCGGCCGAACACCAAGACGAAGGAUCUCAAGAGUGGGUACUUCUUUGGGAAGAAGAUCUUCAGUGAUGUGGCGAAUCAGGUUCGCUGGUCCACACGUUACCAUGCCAGCUGCCAAUUGGCCGGGGUUUCUCCGGAAGACGGGAAGAUCUUGACAGCUGAAGCUGCUGAGUGGUUCAGCGGUUUGCCGCUGGGUUGGACAUCGAAGAAGGUGGAGAUCGACCAAGAUUGUCGAGAGGUGAUUGCUGCGAGAAUGCGGGAAGGAUAUUUGCAUCAAGCAGAGAUUUGGAAAGACGUCUCCGAAUUUCAAGCUAGCCCUGACACCCUUGCACAGGGGCGGUUUCUGUACCUCGAGAAUGUGAAGUCCAUUCUGACCAAGCAAAAGGACAUGCAGAAGGUCAUGCAUUACCUGGUGCAGGACUUUAACCUCCGGCCGUUGGCGUCCUACAUCACUUCUUGGAAUGAAUGCAACGAGCUGCCUAUGCACCGCUGGCUGUCGGCGGGAAUCGUCGAUGAUGAGCAUGAAUCACGGCUCAAGAUUUGUGGGAACUUAGUUGUUCCCAAGUGUGCUGACUUAGCCUUGCAGGUAUUCCAGCGCGUGAAGGAGAUACUUUGCAAGGAGAAUUCUGAGGGUGAGAGAACUCAGUGGACCUUCUUGGGGCACAAGGCAUCUACCACCUGGCGCUAUGAAAGAGUACUGGGCGCAAUAUUGCCAAUCUUCUUCGGGGACCCGCGCGGCAUCAUUUCCAACCUUUUGGCGGUUGAAGCGACGAAGAACGACAUUGGUCAGAAAUACCAAGCAGACUGCCAGAAGUACAUUGACCUGAUGAAACUGCCCGAGUAUGGCUUGCAGAAGGCAGCUGAAUACUUGGAGCAUUGGUUUGCGGGAGAUUUCGGCAUAUCAGGCAUGGUUGACCCAGAGGUUGCAGAGAAUCUGAUGGAACUUUACCUACAGGAAGGGUUCAUGUCAGAUCCGAGCAUGAUCGGCGUGGAGCAGGUGGCAGCCACGCAGGACUGGGAAUCUGCGAGCGGUGUUGCCAGGGCCUUCCAGAUCGGCAAAGCCGAAUCAAGCGCUUUGUUUGCUUUAGUCAAGGAAGUGCCAGAGAGAAUCCGUGAGAGUUUGGAAGCGAUGGUCAAAGCCCGUGGCAUGACCAAACUCUUCACCCACAAGAUCAUUGGCAAAGGAACUUUCAGCGCGUGCGGCUGCUUCCUGUUCUUCUUGCAGAAGUUCAAAGCCAUCGUUCCAGAGAAGGAACUUGCUGAGAUGGAGCGCGGCCUGCGCUCUCAAUUCAUGAGCGGUUUCCUGGAUGGUGACCUUUUGCACGUCUUGGAGGAGCAGGUCCCCUUGAGCGCAGACAUCAAAGCUGUCGGGGCUUUCAGGCCUUUUGUGACGCAGGUCGAGCAAGGGCGGAUUCGUGACAAGGAGGCAGCUGCACAGGCCCUAGCCAAGCAAGUGGCUUCGGCGCAGUACGCGCAAGUCGAGGCCAUGGUCAAAGCCGACAUGCAGAUUUUGAAGGAUAAGCUGCCCGGCAAGGACGAUCAGGCAAUCGAGAACGCAAAGAAUCUCAAGUACAUGAAGGAAAGGUAUGUGGUGGCUUCCAUGGACAUGACAGUUUAUCCUGCAAACUCAGAGUUGGUCCGGUCGGCGCACACGCUACUCAAUGCCAUAUGCAGCAUGACGCCGAAUGCUGCUGGUUGGGUGCAGCUACCAGUGCAUCAAUCCCAAACAACGCAACAUGCGUUGAUUAAGCGCCGGCAAGCCUUGGAAUCCACUAUGCUGAACUCCAAGCAGAAUUUGUCACGAGAAGUGGUUAUCUUGUUCUCAAAGCCCGACAGCAACAGCCGGGAUGGCCGCAACAUGGCGCAAGGUGCCAUAUUGACAGUCCACCAGCAGUACCACAACGAGACUCCCUGGGAUGCCAGCUCAGCUGUUGAAGACGGCCGGCUCGGGCCAUGUGACUUGGUCAAGGGCAUGGAUCUGAGACCUGCUGAUCGCUUGAUUUGGGUGGACAUUAUCCCCAACAGGCAAGCGGAAUUUGGGAGAGCCUGCCUUGAGAUGCAACUUAAGAGUUCUGCCAUUCCCGUCAAGUACUGCGGGGUGCUGAAGGGGGAGAACGUGGCUGAUUUGCGCAGCGCUUUUGAGAGUGCUGUGUAUGACCACUGGGAUGAACAUCCUACGUUGGCGCCUCCCCGUGAACGGCCUACCACCGCCCCAAGUACGAGACCAGACUUGGGCCUUGAGGUGCUUUCUAUGCAGGGGAUGCAUCCGAUCUUCCCGGCAGAGGUCCUGUUGAAUCGCUUUUCGGAAGGCUCCGAAGAACGCACUUUGGUGAAGAAGUUGCAAAAGGAGUUUGAAGACAUCUAUCCUCCGCCUGCACCAGGGACGAACACCCAGACUCAAAACAGCUCCUCGUUGAGUAUGAGCGCGGAUUGUGACUUCUCUGAUGGCCACCUCCCGAUCAACCCGCGCAAGAACAUUGAGCUGCAAUGCAUCCCAAUCUCUGACUUUCGUGCUGAGAGGUGGGAUGUUGCCCGCUUGACCAGCCUGAAAACUUGUGUGUACCGCCCCAACGCCUUGGAUGCCAACGAGAGGAAGGACAUCAAGAAGCGUUCACUUGGUGGAGUAUUUGCAGGAAACUACCAUAAGGUCCCACAGAAUGCGAAUGUCAGCUUGAUGUGGGAGGUCCCAGAGGUGGCAGACCCACAGGCAACUGCGGCUGAUUCUGAUGUGAAUGUGAAGAAGAAGCCUGUUGGAGGAAAGCGAAUUCCACAGGAGAAGUCGCUGGAGAUAGCUCAGCUCGCAGCAGAUCGCCUUCGCGCAGGUGAAAGCCACGCGAAAGUCCGCAUUAUGGUGGAUGAGAUGAAGCAGGCUUUGCGCAACUUUGCUGGGAGUGGGGAUGACUCUGCUGUGCAGAAUGCGAUUGCCAACUUGAAGAAGGGUGGUGAAGACCAUGCUGCCGUCCCCCCAGAUGACUCCCAGCCGGCAGGGCCACCGACAGCAGAGACUAAGACUGAGCCGCCGAUUGAAAACGAGGAGGAUGAGAAAGAGGGCAACAACCUGGAGUCUGAAGGCUGCGAGGAGGAGGAGUGUGCCGAAGAGGAUCCCACUGUGGACAACUAA